GGAAGGGGUCUCCCUGAGAAAGGCUCUAAGCAGACAGGGCCUGAGCAGGACGGUCUCUCCCUACUUGAGCCUGGGGAAGAGCAUGCUGUCCCCCUGGCUGUAUUUGCCCCCCUGGCUGGUCGGCUGAGAGGCCCAGGCAAACAGAGCUCCAUGGCCAUCUACAAAGACAGAUCUGACGUCCAUGCCCCCUGGGACCCCUCCGAUCCUGGGAGGGCCAUGGUCAGAGGAAGCCUACCCCUGGAGCUCAGGGAGUGGCAGCAGCAGACAGGCAGAUCCCUGGGCACCUUGAUCUUGGGUCCUGAUGGUGAGGUUAUACAAAUGUCCCUGUUGGACCCUACCAAUAUGGCUGCCACUGAGGACCAGCCUGCCCUAGCCUCUGUCCUGGACCAGGUCACACCAGACCAUGCUCUCCAGGUCCUAGCCUCAGAGAGGAAGCUUCCCUGGAUCCUACUGAUGCCAACAGAGCAUAAAGCUACAGGGGAGGCCAGUGAUCCUGAAGGACCCCCAGCCAACAUGGAACAAUGUGAAUUAGUCCAAGCAGUGGCAUCUGAUGGACAAACUGUCCUGUCUGGUGACCAGCAGGGACCUGAGUCUUCCAGGAACAGAACUAAACAGCACCAAGACACUCAGAGACCUGGAGGAAGACAUAAAGACAUGGCUGCUGUCAGCUACAACCUCUGCAGUAGGACAGCAGCAAGACAGGAGGAAGGGAAGGAGGCAUGGGAAGGAAAGGAGGUGAGGAGGGAGGAAGCUGAGGAGAAGUCGACAACAAGGAAGAGGAGCCAGGAUCGGGAUCAGCCAGGUCCACCGAUGAGUGGGGUAUCCUCCCUACUUACCACAGAAGAAGAAGAGAGCCAAAACAUCAACCCCCACAAACCUUCACACCCCACCCCCACAGGCCACUCUACAGAAUGGGCCGUCUCUCAGAAGGGAAAUCCCAAACACUCAGACGGAGCCCUUCCCCCCAGUGGCAGGAAAGGAGGCCCUUCUAAGAAAACAAACGUGAUGGUAGGUGAACAGAAUCCACAGCAGGUGGAGGGAGAGACACAGGAAACAGGUGAACAAACCAGCAGAGAGAAGCUGGAGGAUACAUUGAAUAAAGAGGUGGAAUCACAGGACUCUCCUGCUGUACAGACAAUGAAAAAUAGGAAAGUGAAUGAAGGGCAGGAGGGGAGGGGCCAGGAACAGAAAGGCCUCUCCAAGGAGAAGGGGAGGGGCCAGGAACAGAAAGGCCUCUCCAAGGAGAAGGGGAGGGGCCAGGAACAGAAAGGCCUCCCCAAGGAGGAGGGGAGGGGCCAGGAACAGAAAGGCCUCCCCAAGGAGAAGGGGAGGGUCUUGAGGAAGAAGAAAAAGGACCGGGUCAAAGAUCAAGCUGAGUUUGUUGUCGGAAAACCUAAAGGCCAUGUGGACGUGGAGAGGACGCAGAAGACCAAAGAGAGGAAAGGCACAUCUGAGACGUCUCCUGAUGGAGACACUGUGGACGAUAGUGCUGCACUCAACAUCAACACACAUGACUUUGAGUCUAUGGUUGAAGAGGAACAUAGUGUCCAUAUGGAAUCCCCUAGACCCCAUCACAGCUCUGGAAACAGGAGCUCCUCGUCCAAUGGGCAGUCAGGUCAGAUUUCUCACAGAUCUAACUCCUGUGAGGAGGUGGUUCUACCCAGCGGACCACGACGCUCCUCUCAUGACCAACUGUCACCCUGCUCGGUUGUCAUGACAGCAGAAAACCAACUGUUAAAUCUGGUCAUGUCUGACGCCAGCAGCAAUACUGACAAGAACAGAGCAGAGGCAGCGGCCCGUAAGGAGCAACAGAAGAAAGUGUUGGCUGAGAAGGCAGAGCGUCGCCGACUAGAGGUGGAGAGGAAGAGGAAGGAGAGAGACGAGGAGAAGAGACGGCAGCAGGAGCGGGAGGAGAGAGAGGAGUGCAUGAGGCUGGAGCUGGAAGAGGAGCAGAAUCAGAGAGCUGAGGAACUCAGGCUGAGGAGACUGUCUGAGGAGGAAGAGAGACGAAGGUUAGAGGAGAAGGAGACUGAAAGGAUAAGGAGGGAGCAGGCGGAGAAAGAGAGAGAGUGGAGGAAAAAGGAGAAGAAGAGAAGCCAGUUGGAGAUGAUCCAGAAGAUCAGACAGGAAGAGGAGGAACGCAGGGCAGCUGAGUUGGAGCAGCAGCGACUAGAGGAGGCGUUGCGCAAAGAAGAGGAGAGAAGGAGGCUGGCAGCGAUGGAGGACCAUGAGAAGACAGAGUACCUGCAGAAACAGAAGGAGGAGGAAGAGGAGAGGAGGAAGGCAGAGGAGGAGAGAAAGAGAAGAGUUGCGGAGGCAACGCAGCGGGCAAAAGAAGAGGCACGACUACAAGCUGAACUGUUUGCCAGGCAGAGGGCUGUGUUGGAGCAGCAGCUGCAGUUCAGACGAGGCCUGCUGAUGGAGGCUGGGGCUCUGGGACAGACUCAGGACAUCUCCCGAGCCUGGGUCUACUCCUACUUCGAGCUCCUACAACUACUGGGGCUGGCUGAGGCCCCGUCAGCACAGGAAGACUUACCCAAAGACAUGUCCUAGAAUUUCAGGGGAAAACUAGGGGAUGUGGCUGACCAGCAAACCGAUGUUGAAUUUCCAAAUUGGUAAACAUUUGGUUAUGGUAAGGGUAGGUUUAGGUUGGGCUGUCAAUGGGAUGCUAGUCAGUCACAUCCCUUUAGUCACGUCCCUUUAGUCACGUCCCUUUAGUCACGUCCCUUUAGUCACAUCCCUUUAAUCACAUCCAUUUAGUCACAUCCCUUUAGUCACAUCCCUUUAGUCACGUCCCUUUAGUCACGUCCCUUUAGUCACGUCCCUUUAGUCACAUCCCUUUAGUCACGUCCCUUUAGUCACGUCCCUUUAGUCACAUCCCUUUAGUCACAUCCCUUUAGUCACAUCCCUUUAGUCACGUCCCUUUAGUCACGUCCCUUUAGUCACGUCCCUUUAGUCACGUCCCUUUAGUCACGUCCCUUUAGUCACAUCCCUUUAGUCACGCCCCUUUAGUCACAUCCCUUUAGUCACGUCCCUUUAGUCACGUCCCUUUAGUCACGUCCCUUUAGUCACAUCCCUUUAGUCACGUACCUUUAGUCACAUCCCUUUCCACUCGUACCCCUAGUGGCCCUUUAGUCACGUCCCUAUAUACUCGUACCUCUAG